GCUCCGUAGACCACAUAAGCUGUUUGAGUUAUUUGCCGAACUUUGCAGGAGGAAAGAUGCCAAUGAUCAGGUAAAACAAGCUCUUGGUGUUCUUGGCACCGAAGAGUUCCGCCAAUUGUUGGAGUACAUUAGAGAAUGGAACACGAAGCCGAAGCUAUGCCACAUUGCCCAGUUUGUGCUUUUUAAGGUUUUCACCAUCCUUCCACCAACGGAGAUAAUCGAGAUGAGAGGCAUUGGAGAACUUCUUGAAGGGCUCAUACCAUAUUCACAAAGGCAUUACAGCAGGAUAGAUAGAUUGGAAAGGAGUACAUUUCUGUUGGAUUACACACUUAACGGGAUGUCGAUUGUCGAGCCAGAUAUGGGUGUUGUUGAGGACCCGAAAGAUGAGUCUCUGGUGGGUCCUACAGAAGCUGUCGCCAAAGGGCAAGAACGGGCCAAUGAAGAAGUUUCAAAGCAGCGGUCUUUAAAGAAACGGAAAGCUAAAAUAUUGAACGGAGGGAACAAGAAAAUCAAGGGAUCGGUUUCUACUGAUGGUGCAGUUGUUUCUGUAAUGAAAUAAUUCGUUCUUUUUGUUGUUUUGGAAUUUUGUUAGAUCUCUAGAGCAACGAUAGGAUAGGUUUGAGUAGGUGCACGGUGAAUGGUGGUACCACUGCGAGAAUGUAGACAUGGGUCGGGAGUGGUGGUGGCGUUGGUGUAUUUUUCUAAAUGUUAUACU